UUCACUGUUCACGUCAGUUGACAUCUGUCCGCGAAAACAGGUGUACGUGCCAUUAAUCGAUAUCGGUGUUUCGCUUAAACCGCAUGCCUACGUCAUAUCAAUACAUAAAUAGUGUCGCGGUUCGAUAUGUAAUUAUUGAGUGACCACUAUCCGUUGAGGCCGGAUUUACUAAAAUAUGUUUUGAAUACCUGCCACAAGUGCUUAACGAUGGCCUGGACCCUGUAUUUAUUCGUUGGGAUAUCCAUUAUGACCACUUCUGCAUUCAAAUGCAAGCACACGAACUCAGACAGCGACACACGCCAUCAAUACGACUAUACCAACCAGGAACCUCUAGGAAUGCCAGACAAUCAUGCCUCUGUAGGAGUGAGUUCACGAAUAUCUUCGAUGUCUGCAAACCACCCACCAAACCAAGCCGACGAUGCAAAAACUUUUGCUCAACUUAGAAUAGCAGAUGCAACGCAGACGCGACGAUCAGAAAGUGAGUCUAAAAUAUUGACUUGGAAGCCAUUAACAAGUAAACGAGGUCCAAACAACGACAAUUUCAAAAUUGUAUUUCCCGGGCCUACAUCUGAAGAGCUCAAGCUAGAAAUACCAGAACAUUGCAGAAAAAUUGGUAUUUGUCAAGAUGUUCCCAACUACCCGCACGAACUAGCAGACAAGGCUAUAUCACAGCUGCCCGAUAUUGGUGCGUUGCAACUAGAUAAACUGGACAUUCCAGCAUUACCUGACAUCGCACAAAGAGUUGGGUCUCAUGAAGAAACUCUCGAACUCUGCAAAUUUCAAGAACAGGUGAUGUAUCCCAAAGCAGCACGUGAUGCCGAUGGAAUUUGGCAUUUUGUGCUAAAUAAAGAAGAAAACCCUAUACAAGGAUUUAAAGUCGAGAUUUGCGAUCCCAACUCUAAAUCGUGUUCUAAUAUAAUAUUCACCCAACGCGGAUAUGGAACCAGUUGUAAACAAAAGUACGCAUACCGUAAAAUGGCUGUGCUACACGACAAUGGUACAACUUCGGAUAUGGCACUAAACGUACCCAGUUGUUGUGCAUGUGUUGCCCAUACUGUAUUAGUGUAAAAUUUAAUUAAUUAAUUAAUAUUGUGUGCGACACGCGUAAUUUAUACAUUACUGAUAAUGAGAAUUGAUGAGCUUAGUAGAUAUUUUAGGUACCAUACUAACAUAUUCGGACAAAUAUUCGAAUUAAAAUAAAUGGCAUACCUAUUAGGUAGGUACCUACUUAGUCAAUUACACUACUGUGAAAGUAGUGUAAUUAGCUCCCACCACCCAAAUUUCAGUAUGUCUAAUUAUGACAAACUAAUUAUUAUAUUAUAAUCCCUAGUCGAUUAUGAACUAAACAACCCUUACCUAUUGUGUACAUUUUUUAAAAUUUAUUAAAACUCAGGUUGUUCUAGUUUUACUGUUCAAAAUGUUAGUUUUAAUAGUGAUGUCAAGAAACCAUAUUUGUAAUAGACAUCAUUUAUAAAAAGUAAUAUAAAUAUGUUGAAUCUUUCAACGCGUGUAUAAACCGGGACUGACAUUAUUUCAGGAAGAUAUCUUUGAUUUCAUAGCUGGCAUAGGAUCUGUUGAUACCUAUGCUAUGACAAUUUGUGCCUUAUUUGACUAGAUGUCUAUAGGUACAGGUAAUUUAUAUUGUAAGUAAACCUUAGAACACUUAAGCAACCCCGGUUUUUUUUAUACAAUAAUAGGGAUGAUGACGGACGUAUGAACUGUAAACAUCUAACUAGUGCGUCAGUUACAUAAUGAAAAAAAUAUUAGACACGUAUUUUUUUUUUUUGUUUUGUCGUAUAUGGUUACAAUACUUAGAUAAACUGAAUCUAAGUGUAGAAGUGGAAGCUAAAACGCCAUUUCCACAUAUAUGACGUCCCUGGAAGAGACGUCACGCGAUAUUUCAAAUCAAUAUAUCGUUCAAAGUAUUUGUUUCUGUAAGAAAAUAAACAAUACGUGUGUAA